AUGCGACUGAGCACUGCCGACGGCACCGCCCGUCUGGGCCAGGUCCAGAUUCGCUCGGUGCAGCAGGUCAUCGAGCUGGACGCCGGGAGUGACAGCGGACGCAUGUGCGGCGGCCCGUUUCCGUCGUCCUUCUUCACCUUCUCGUCAUGCGACACCGAGGGCAACGUCGCCUGCCCCACGGCCCUGCACGCGGUUGCGGGCCAGAUGGCCAUCGUGGUGCCCUGCAUGAACGAAGACGUGGCCACCAUCGAGGGCGUCCUGUCCGGUAUCCCCCACGACAGCCUCGUCAUCUUGGCCUCCAACAGCCACCGAUCCGGACCCGGCGGCGACGCCUACGCCCACGAGGUCGACGCCUUGAAACGCUUCUGCCGCGCCAGCGGCCGCUCAGCAAUUUCCAUCCAUCAGCAAGACCCAGGCCUUGCCAAGGCUUUCAAGUUGGCAGGCAUGCCCGAGAUAAUCGACAAGAGCACGGGCCUGAUCUGGAAAGGCAAGGGAGAGGCGAUGCUCAUGGGCACCGCGCUCGCGAUAGUGGCCGGCCGGAAGUACGUGGGCUUCAUCGACGCAGACAACUUUGUCCCCGGCUCGGUACGAGAGUACUGUGAGGCCUUCGCCGCGGGGCUCCACCACGCCCAAGAGGGCCGACAGAAAGGCAUGGCCAUGGUUCGCCUCAGCUGGCGGUCCAAGCCCAAGGUGCGCAACGGAAAACUCGAGUUCAGCAAAUCGGGCCGAAGCUCGGUCAUUACCAACCGUUGGCUUAAUCAGUUGCUUAUGGCUCAGGGAGGGGCCGAAGAGGGGAAUCGCGACAUCAUCGCCACGGGAAACGCGGGCGAACACGCCAUGUCCCUGGAGCUCGGGGCAAAGAUGAGGUUCGCGAGCGGCUUCGCCGUCGAGCCGUUCCAGUUCCUCGACAUCAUGGAGCAGUUCGGCGGGAGCGCCUCGGUACCCUCGACCAAGGAAAAGACCCAAGGACGGAGGCGGCACGAGCAACAGCAACCCGUCAAGAUCAUCCAGAUCGAGACCCGCAAUCCACACUUCCACCAAGACAAGGGUGGCGAGCACGUCAAGGACAUGUGGGCGCAGGCCCUGGGCGUGAUCCACAACUCGACCGUGACGCCGCCAUCUCUCAGGCACGAGAUCGCGGCCUUCAUGCUCGAGAACAAGGCUCUGCCCUCGGGCGAGGUCGCGCCAAGCCCGCAACAGACGCGCGUGUACCCACCGGUCGAGACCUUGGACAUGGCCCGCCUCUGGGCCCUGAUGUGUGCCGAUGCCGCCUCGCUGACCAUUUUCGGCGACCCGCUGGCUGGAGGCGCCGCGGAAGGAUCCGAGCCGAUGCUCGGCGUGGUGACGCUGCUCGAGAGCGUCAAGGAGCGGAUUUGGAACCUGGUGGGCACCCUGCCGCUCAACACGCACAGCGGAGGCGUCCGCCUUGGCUCCGCAUAG